AUGGCUUUGGCUGGAGUCGAGGAGGCGCUCGCGUCCGUAGUGCUCAAGGAGGUGCUGUGCAAGCUGGGAUCCGCCAUCGGGCAGCAGAUCAAGGCGCGAUGGAAUCUGGAGCGAGACAUGAAGGACAUCACGAGCAUGCUGGGGAUAGUGAAAGCAGUACUGAGGGACGUCGAGAGGCGAUCCGUCAGGGAGGAAGCGGUCAACCUUUGGCUUAAGAUAAAGGACGCCGCCUAUGAAAUCUCCGACAUGUUCGAUGAAUUUGAAGUCAAAUUUACAAAGGGGAAGAUCUCUAGCUCCGUUGCCAAGCUUACUAUGGGUAAAAAGCUGAAGAAUAUGAGAGAAAAUUUAGCAAAGAUAGAAGCACAGCAGACACAGUUUGCAUUCAAAGAAGAUAAAAAUGCGUUGGACAAAAUUGGGUGGGAUAUUGCAAAGAAGUGCCAAGGAGUGCCAAUGGCAGUUCAAGCUGUUGGGUUUAUGCUGCGCAACAAAAGUGUCGAGGAGUGGAGAAAUGUGAGGGAUAGUGAUAUUUGGGAUGGCUCCUCAACCACCGAUAUGCUACCAUCGCUGAAGCUUAGUUACUACCAGAUGACUGAUUACUUGAAGCUUUGCUUUUCCUAUUGCUCAGUGUUUCCUAAAGGCUGUGAAAUACAUAGGGGUGAUCUAAUUCAGCAGUGGAUAUCUCUUGGAUUCAUUCCAUCCAGCCCUGGAGAACACUUGACACUUGAGAAGAUUGGGGAAAACUAUGUGAACGAGCUACUAGGAAUGUCCUUUCUCCAAUACUCAAGGCCAACAUCCUUGGUAACCAAGGAGGACACAAAUAACUCUAUGCUGCUUAGCAUGCACGAUUUAAUUCAUGAUCUUGCUAGAUCUGUUCUUGGAGAUGAACUGCUUUUCGUGGAUGGUAAAAAGGGAUACACUUCUAGAAAUGGCAAUCACCGGUAUGCAUUAGCAGUCAAUGGUACGAGACAAAUAGAUUUGUGUGAUUAUGUUCCUACCAAAUUAAGAUCUCUGCAUAUUUUUGACUCUGCGGAAAUUCAUCCGUCCUUAUAUAGUAAAUCCUUGCGUGUCUUGGAUUUAAGCAUGUUUUCCAGUGGAAGCUUUCCAGCAUCUAUUGGUAAAUUGAAGCAAUUGAGGUACCUUGGUGCUCGUGGGAUGCAACAUGAAUCAGUUCCUGAGGAUGUCACUAGCCUUUCAAAGCUAAUGUAUUUGAACAUAAGUGGUUCCUCCAAAAUUUCAAUGCUGCCCGACUCAGUUAAGGCACUUAGAAGCUUACUGCAUCUAGACCUAUCUGGGUCUUGUAACCUUUCUUCACUACCAGAAUCAUUCGGAGACCUGAUAAACCUAUCACAUUUAAACCUUGCGAAUUGUUCUUUACUCAAAGCUUUGCCCGAGUCAGUAAACAAACUCAGAAGCUUGCUACAUCUAGACCUAUCUGGGUGUUGUAACUUAUAUUCAUUACCAGAAUCAUUCGGUGACCUGGAAAACCUCUCACAUUUAAACCUUGCAAAUUGUUCUCUAUUCAAAGCUUUGCCCAAGUCAGUAAACAAACUCAGAAGCUUGGUACAUCUAGACCUAUCUGGGUGUUGUAACCUCUGUUCAUUACCAGAAUCAUUCGGCGACCUGACAAACCUCACAGAUUUGAACCUGGGGAAUUGUAUUCAUCUCAAUACUUUGCCAGAUUCAGUAAACAAACUCAGAAACUUGUUUCGGCUGGACCUGUCAGGGUGCUGUAACCUGUGUUCACUGCCAGAAUCAUCAGAUGACCUGAUGAACCUCUCACAUUUAUACCUGGCAAAUUGCUCACUACUCAAAACUUUGCCUGAGUCAGUGGACAAACUCAAAAGCUUGCUACAUUUAGACCUAAGUGGUUGUAGUAGCCUCUGUUCGUUACCAGAGUCAUUUGGUGAUCUGAUAAAUCUAUCACAUUUGAAUCUGGCAAAAUGUACUGAUCUUUGUUCUUUGCCCAAGUCUUUUGGAAGGCUAUGUGAACUUCAGUAUUUGAACCUGUCAGAUUGCUUAAGACUUGAUCUAUGGUUUGAUAUUGACACUCUCUGUUGUCUUACUAAGCUACAGUAUCUAAACCUGUCCCGUUGUCCAAGUCUCAUGCAUAUACCUGAAUCUAUCAACAAUCUAAUAAAUCUCCAUACUUUAGAUCUCUCGAGAUGUCACUGGAUCGAGAGAUUUCCAGAAAGUCUAUGCGGAAUGGCCAGCCUCAAGUUUCUGCUAAUACAUGAGUGCAGACCAUGGUUGCAACAGCGUGUCAGGGAGUCUCAGCUUAAGAAUGAUGUGCUAAUGUUGCCCAAGUUUAUUGUUCAAAGAACAGAUUCAGGCACUUCCAGCAAUAUUUCACGCCUGCAAUCUGUAUAUCCUGCAGAGCUUGAAAUUGUAUACCUUGAAAAUGUGACAAGUAUCGAAGAAGUGGAUGCAGUAAAUUUGGCAGAUAAAUCAGUACUUGCUAAAUUGGUGUUGGCAUGGACGCCAGCAGUUGAAUGUUUUGUAGAGGAUGAAUCUUUACUCCGAGAACUCCAGCCUCCCGAAAAUGUCAUGUUUUUAAAAGUACAAGGCUACAUGGCAACUUCCUUUUCUGGAUGGGUGAUGAGCAUGGAAUCAUGUCUACUGCAUCUUGUUUGCAUUGAGAUGGUAGAUUUGCCGAGAUGUGAACAUUUACCACCGUUUGGCCAAUUAAAAAAUCUACAGCAGUUGAUUCUAAAGAGAAUGCCUGUCUUAAAGAAACUGGGAACUGAAAUUUGUGGGGGAAGUGGAGCAUUUAAGAAAUUAAAAGAGUUCACGUUGGAAAAUUUUGAUAUCUUGGAGGAGUGGGUCACAAAGGUUCCAGCAAAUGGUGAGUUCAUGUUCCCCAGUCUUAACAAGUUGGAAAUCUGUCACUGCCCCAAGCUAAGGUUGACACCAUGCCUCCCUAGAGCAUUUGAAUGGAGAAUUCAAGCGAGUGACGAAGUUAUAGCAAGUCAAUAUGAUGCAGGCUCAUCAUCCUCUUUGACUCUAUCAAAACUGCAUGUUACAAGCUGCCAGCUGCAACCCAACCAGUGGGCACUGCUCGGAUUUCUCCCUGCUCUUGAGGUAUUGGAAAUUUCAAACUAUCAACAGGGAAAAUUGCCAGACAGCAUCAGUUUCCUGGUAUCACUGCGAUCACUGAAAAUAGAAGUGUCCACUGAUGAUCCAGAAGAACAAUUCGAUUGGUUACUAUUUCUUUCUGCAAUUUCUGGUGACCGGGAGGUUGUGAUAUUCCCGUUACCUCAACUUACUGCAUUGGAGAAUUUGGAAAUAAGUUUUAAUAAUGAAUUGCAAACAUGGUGCAAGACACAUGAUAGGUGGACUUUGCAGAACGCCAAAAACGAGUGGGCAACUUUCUUUGAACGACACUUGGUCAGGAUCGAACAGAAGAAAGAACAACCCCUGAGCAGGUACAUCCUUCGGCUCAAGCAGCAAGCUGAAGCCCUCAGUGCCGUCGGGCAGACUCUUCGUGAUAACGAAAUCAUCAGGUGCAUCCUCCAGUGCAGCAGCAACAACAUCAGCUUUGAUGAUAAGAAAGCCAUCAUGGACAUCCUCUACCCCAAUAUGGAAUAUAGGAAAAUCGACUUGGACGACUACGUCUUCGUUGGGUCACUCCCCCCAAUUAACGGCCUAACGCUGAAUGGUCUCUAUGCUCGUCUUGUGGUUGGCAACGUUCGGCUGCAGCCGCUCGUCCCAAUACUGCUGUCAGUCAUAGCUGGGCUCAUCGGCGCCGUCUGUCUCCUCUGCUACCGCCGUCUGUCUAGCUCACCGCCCUAG